CCAUGAACAUUGUGUUACUGCUGCUCCUGAUGUCUUACGGAGGUCCUGCCAUGUCAGCCAGGAUCCUUGCUGUCCUGCCAAUCCCUGCCAAGAGUCAUCACAUCCUGUUUAACGCCGUGCUGAGGACACUGGCACAGGCAGGACAUCAGGUCGUCAGCUACAGUGGUCUACCAGCCGACCAGGAGGUGGCAAACUUAACUGUUAUUCACAUGGACAAACUCCUACCAGCUGAUAAAACAAUGACCAAAGAAACGCUGGAGAUGAUGUUAAACACGAGUCCAGUGGGAUCUACCUCACUUUUGUGGUCAAGAUCUAGCGCGUUCAUGAAGAAUCUAAAAGAUAACAAAGACUUUCAGCAGCUUCUUAAAUCAAAUGAAAAGUUUGAUUUGAUAUUUUUGGAGGCAUUAUUUGCUCAAGAAUCACUUUUUGCCCUCGGUCACAAGUUCAAAGCUCCCAUAAUCAAUCUUCAACCAUUCGGAGCUUUCAGUCUUGUAAACAGAGCUAGUGGGAAUUCUCUCAACCUUGCUUACAUCCCAGAUGUCGCUUUUCCAUCCUCAAAUCACAUGUCCUUCUAUGAAAGGACACUCAAUGCUUACUCAAUUUUGAGUACGCUGUUCAAAUACUACUUCUAUUUUAUUCCCUCGCAAGAUCAGUAUAUGAGGGAGUUGUUUAACGACUCUUCGCUACCUCCCUUGUCAGAAUUGAUGCAGAACUGGUUGGCCUUGACUUUUUCAAAUGCACAUCCUCAUGUUCACUAUGCGCAGCCGUACACCCCUAAUAUCAUUCCGAUCGGUGGAAUACAUCUGGCCAAGGAGCAGAACCCACUUCCUGAGGCAAUGAAAAGAUUCCUGGAUAAGGCAUCUGAAGGAGUUGUAUACUUCAGCGUUGGGUCUGUAGUCCCAGACCACCUGCUUGAUGAAGAAUACUUCAACAACUUUCUUGCAGCGUUCAGCCGUCUGCCACAAAAUGUUUUGUGGAAAACCAAUCGCAACCUUCAAAAUCUGCCAAAAAAUGUAAUGACAUUGGAGUGGGUGCCCCAACAAGAUGUUCUGGCUCAUCCUAACGUGAAAGUGUUCAUGACUCACGGAGGGAUGUUUAGUCAACAUGAAGUGAUUAGAGCUGGAGUCCCAGUAAUCUGCACUCCUUACUUCGGCGAUCAACCCAUGAAUGCCAAGUUCUACGAGGAGAAAGGAAUUGGAGUCGUUCUGCCUUUCAAAUCCUUAUCAGAAGAAACAAUCUUAUCAGCACUAACAACAGUUCUUAAUGAUAAAAAGUACAAGGACAACAUGUUGAAGAUGUCUAUGAUCUACCAGGAUCGCCCUGUCAGUCCCACAGACACACUCCUAUACUGGGUAGACUAUGUCAUGCGCCAUGCUGGGGCUAAGCAUCUUACACCAGCUGCAGCUGCAAUGCCCUUCUAUCAAGUUUAUCUACUGGAUGUAAUUGGACUUGUUUCUAUAGUACUUGUCACAACCUUAACAUGCAUUUAUGUUAUCAUCAAACGGAUUUUAGGAGUGUUUACUAAUAAUGGACAGUUGAGUAGUCAAAGCAGAUUGAAAGGUGAAAGAAGUAAGAAACUGGACUAAGUUACACUUUUACAGUCCAAGUAGCGACCGUUGCCUUUUGGUCUUCAGAAGAUGAUUGUGUCGUUGUUGAAAUGGAGAUGAGUUGCAUCAAAUCCAUAUUCAGGUCAAGCUACAUUGCAACCUUAGUUUGGUUGAAUUCAGUUGAUUACAACUUAGUUGAACAGUAGAUUGUCUUCAUAAUGGACUGCUACAACUCAUACAAAGCAUGAGCCAGUAUUACUGCCAGUCCAACAAAGUGUUCUUCUCCCAAAUAAGGCCAAUAUUUGACUAAAUAUUUAAUUAAACUUUGUCACAAGGAAUGGUUAAAAAAUGUGAAUAAGUUAUUCAAAAGUUAGCAAUACAAGUUAACAAACGGAAGGGCUUCUAAUGCAUUCGCCUUGGGUUUCAAUUUUAGUCCAAAUUAUUUUGAAACUAUGCAUUAUUUUUAUCCAGGCUUUUAAACUUUAAUUUAAGAUUCUAUUUUAAUUGCAACUUUAUACUGGUUAGUCUUAUUUUUAUUUCCCUUAAUAGGCUAGCAUACAUCAAAUUUUAUCAUAAAAACAAUUUUUUACUAAAAAUUACAAUAAAAAAAGUAAUACUUCUACACCAUUGUUGGUAAAAAAAAACUUUAUUUGAUGAGAUUAUGUCAAAUGAAUAAUGUUUAAGAGGCUGUUUGGAUUUUUAUAUGAUUUUUAGCAAAGGGAAAAAUAUAUUACUACCAAAAAGGUAUCAUGGUAAAACCUAGACCUGGGACCGAAAUUAUAUUUUGUUUUUUGUGUCCCCCAGAGGCCAAAAACACCAUUAGUUUAAUAUAGCCUACAGGGUUGAAGUACAAGAAGACUCUUGUAGUAUUAGCAUAGAUAAAAUGAAGAUACAGAUAGAUAAAGUGAGAUAGAUAAAGAUAGAUAAGAUAAAAGUGUAAAAGGUGUAAAAGUGUAAAAAGUGUAAAAGGUAGAUAAAAGUGUCUACUCCUUUUUUCUAUGGUAUUAGUUACUCCCUCCCACACACAGAAGUUUUAAUUUUCUUUUUGGUGUGGAUAUUUCUUCACAAGAUAAAGCAAACUGUUUUUUAUUAGUUAACUAGCAAUAAUUUUUGAUUACAUUUUAAGUUAUAAAUAAUUUGUUUCAUAAAUCGUUGUAAUUUUAUUGUAUUACUUGUGAAGAAAUAAAGAUUUAUUAUUAUUAUUAUUUAUUAUAUUAAAGAUGCCACUCAAGCUGGCGAAAAGCAUAGUAUGACACAAACUGUACCUACUCAAGAACUACACAGGCAACAACAACUAUGGUAAUCCUUUCCAAUCCGAAGUUAGACUCUUAGGUACAGAGCAUACAUAUUUUUAGGGAUUUCCACUGGGGGACAGUAGACUUACCGGGGGUUGUGCAAAAAGGGGGUCCGAGGGUUCCCUCUUGUUGUGAUAUUUAAUGUUUAAAGCCUGUUUCUUAAUCAUAUGUUUAAUUUUGUAUGUUAGUGUUUUCAAGUUUUUGUAAACAACAACAUUAUGUCUGAUUUUUAU